UACGACACUGGGACCGCGCGGUGUCAGUGGGAGAAGCAGCUAAGCUAACAAAACAACAGGCUGGAGGAAAGUCGGCCGUUAAAUAUUAAAUCGUUAGGAUAAUCUUCCAGGUUAUAAACUAAAGCUCUGAGCCGCUGUGUGGUCCUCUGUCUGCUGUCAUCACUGUGAUGUCGGUCGGCGUUAGCAUGGUUGUAGCUUAUAUAGCAGCUUAGCACGCUAACCGGCCCGCCCCUCCGCGACCAAGCGCUCAGAACCAGCCUCUUGGGUCUAACCCGGUCCUGUGUGUGGACGGAAUGGAUGUAAGUUAAGAGCUGGGCCGGUACGUUCCGGGUAUCCAGCUAAGCUCAGCCCGGUUCCCGGGGUCCGGCGUGAAGCAGAGGCCACGCUGCCGCUCAGGCCCCGACUCUAGGAUGAGAUGAGGAGCGGAGGGCCGGUCCCCAUCACGAGACCCGUUAACCCGAGCUAACCAGACCAUCCAGGUCAGUUCCAGAAGCAGCCCCAAGCCCCCCUCCCGUCCAAACAAAAGUCCAGGCUUGUGGUAUUGUGUUGCUUUAACGAGUGGAUGGAUGGAAAGUCAGGAUGGACGUGUGCAGCAGGAACCCGAACCGCACGGCGCCGGUCGGUGAGGGCGUUCCACCGCAUGCAGACGUUCCUCUGUGUUCCCGGACCAACGGGUGGACCUGGCCCCCCCACCCCUUCCAGCUGCUGGCCUGGACGCUCUACAUCUACUUCGCUGUCACCGGCCUCGGCGUCUUCGUGCCCCUGCUGCCUGCCCACUGGAUCCCCGCGGGCUACAUCUGUACCGGCAUCAUGUUCACCUGUCACCUGUGUGUUCACGUCAUGGCCGUCUCCGUGGACCCGGCUGACCGCAACGUGAAGAUGAAGAGCAGCAGAGGUCCGCUUCCCGUGUUCGACCGCUCCAAGCACGCUCACGUCAUCGAGAACUGCCACUGCUACCUGUGCCAGGUGGACGUGGGAGCGAAGUCGAAGCACUGCAGCGCCUGUAAUAAAUGUGUGUCUGAGUUCGACCACCACUGCCGCUGGCUCAACAACUGUGUAGGCAGCCAGAACUACAGGUUUUUCCUCCACAGUGUGGUCUCGGCUCUGUUGGGUGUCUGUCUGGUCCUGGUUUUCGCCUUCUACGUCUUCAUCGAGUUCUUUCUGGACCCGUCCAAACUUCGUACCGACAAACACUUCCUGGUGAGGAAUGAGACGGGGGUCUGGUUCGUCUUCCUCCCCGUGGCUCCUCUCAGGUCUUCAGCAGCAGUGAUUCCUGGCCUCGCUGCCGUCACCAUCGCUCUCGGUCUGCUGUCCUCUGUCCUCCUCUGCCACCUGCUGUGCUUCCACCUCUACUUGAUGUGGAACAGACUCAGUACCUAUGAGUACAUUGUCCGGCAGAGACACCGUCUGGACAGCAAAGACACCAAGAAACCAGGAUCAGGGAAGGAGGCAGCAGCUCCUUCAGUCCUCAAGGAUGUGGACUAUGCGGGGACUCUGGCCUACACCAACCCCCAGCUGGACGUGGAGGAGCCAGCCGUGGUGGUGGUGCAGGGACACACUGAGUUUCUGGUUAACGGGACGGUCAGAAACGUGUCCAAUCCUGUCACGCACGAAGAGGCUCCGCCCACCAUCUCUGCAGAGCAAAAAGCAGCAGCAAACACAUACAGAACCUCACAGAAGAAGAAGAAAAAGAAGGUGCGUCCAGUUCCUUCAGAGGUGACCAGAGAGCGCCGUGUCCCUGCAGCUCCGCCCCCAGAUCCCAGCAGUGUGUCCAGUGUGUCCCUGGGUCAGCAGCUUCCCUUCCCAGCAUUCCCUCUGAGGGCCUCACUGCCCCCCCUGGCUCCGACCUCGGGCCCCGUCCAGGCCGCUGCUCCUCCAGCUGAGUACCACUCAGACUCUGCAGAAUCUCUGGACGAGAUCCCGGUGGCGCUGGCGAAGCUCGGCUCCUCGUCUUCUGCUGCCCCCGGAUAUGCCUCCUCGCACAGGACGGCGUUCCCCGCGCCGUCCCCCCACCCCCGGACUGAGAGGAAGGCCGCCGCCUCCCGAGCUAACAGGAGCACGGGUGAGCAGAGGUUUGAGAUGGCGUCCACUCAGCCCCCCUCCGUGUUCGUCAGCCGGGCCAGUAGAGACCCUGCUGAGCCCCGACACCAGGAUUUCAGUCUGGGCAGGAGACCGGCUGGGUCCAGACCUGGACCCGGGUUCAGCCCGGUGUCUCGGACAUCACUGGGUUCAGGUGUAGCUUCCUUGUUGGAGAAAUGAGGGUUGAUCUUCAUCCUUUCAUCACAGACUGGCCAAAAGUCUUUAUUUAUUCCUUUAAUUUGAAUGCCAAUGUCACUUCCUGUGUGUGUGUGUGCAUGUCACUUCCUGUGGACGCCAUCUUAGGGCUGGGAUAUACUCGCUGUUAGCGGUGCAUCCGCAUACGUUUCAUGGCUGCCACACAUUCCUAGCGUUCGUUUGGCGCAUGGGCUGCUCUCGUCGAGGCGAGGUAACGCGUUGCAAUAUUGGCCCGAACACCUGUCUUGUGUUGUUCUUCCUCUCAGAUGUAGGUCGCUUUGGAUAAAAGCGUCUGCUAAAUGACUGUAGAAUAGAAUAGAAUAGAAUAGAACAGAACACUAGAGGAUUUUUGUCCUCGCUGCACAGCGAUAAGCACUCCUACCUGGUUUGAUGCCCUGGAAACACAACGUGGACCUUUUCACUAUUUCGGAGUCCAGGUGCGGUGUACUGCCCCUGGUGGUGACCUCCGGUACUGAGCGUUUUGUCCACGCCGCGAUUUCGUUGUUUGUACGCUAGCAGUCACAGCGAGUAUGUCCAGCCCUGAGGAGACGCCACUGUUGUUUGGUCUCCAUGGUAACCCAUGAUGUCAUUAAAACUGAUCCCCCAGAACAGGUGGAAUAAUCAGUCAGUCAGUCGAACAAUCAGGGCUGAAAAAUAAAAUCUGAUUUUCUGAAACCAAAUUAGAUUUCUGAUUUUAAUCCAUUUUUCUUUUCUUUUUUUCUUACAAACAUAUUAAACCCAUUAACUAGUGUCCCCAUGGC